AUGCAUUUUCAAAAGUCUUUACCUCGACUUCCUGUACCAGAACUGGCGAAAACUGGAGAACGUUAUUUGAAAGCUAUUCGGCCUUUAAUCAGUAACGAUCAAUACAAAACAGCUGAACAGCGAACCCAUAACUUCCUAAACAAAGAAGGUAAAGUACUUCAAGAGAGUCUCGUUACCCUGGAUAAGAGGAAUAAGCACACAAGUUAUAUAUCAGAAUACUGGUAUGAUUUGUACCUACGUGACCGAUCUCCUCUUCCUGUCAACUACAAUCCACUAAUUGUCUUUGUGAAUGACAGCAGACCCGAGUAUAAUAAUCAAUUAGUAAGAUCUACAAAUAUGUUAAUUAGUGCUGUUAGGUUUAUGUUGUCAUUACGAGAUCAAAUCUUAGAACCUGAAGUGUACCAUUUAAAUCCUAAGAAGAGUGACACCCAGUUAUUUAGGACAGUUACAGGAAUGUUACCAGAGGCUUUGUCAUGGUAUGGUGCUUAUUUAUUUAAAGCAUUUCCUCUAGACAUGAGUCAGUUUGUGGGACUAUUUGGUGCAACCCGUAUUCCUUGUUCUACUAAAGAUAAAAUCUUCAGAGAUCCCAAGAGCAAGCAUGUAGUUGUUCAGAAGAAUGGAAACUUUUAUAUCUUUGAUGUACUAGAUGCUAAUGGUAACCUUAUAUCACCUUUGGAAAUGCUUGGUAACUUAAGUAAAAUAAUUAAGGAUAAUGCACCUAAAGCUGAACAUCCCUUAGGUAUAUUAACUACACAGAAUAGAGAUGAAUGGGCAAAACAACGUGAUUAUUUGGAAGCAGGUGGAAACAGCGAGGCCUUAAAUAAAAUUGACUCUGCGAUAUUUAACUUAGUUCUUGAUGACGAUGAUAUUAAUGAUGAUAAACAUAAAAUUUUGAGAAAAUAUUUGCAUGAUGAUGGUUUGAAUAGGUGGUUUGACAAAUCCUUCAGUCUAAUUGUGACAAGGGACGGUGUAGCCGGAAUAAACUUUGAGCACUCGUGGGGUGACGGCGUAGCUGUGCUCAGAUUUUUCCAAGACAUCUAUGCUGAAACUACAAAAAAUCCGUUUAUCCAUCCAGACUCAAAACCUUCCGAUAGUAAUAUUACUGUUCGAAAAUUAGAAUUCAAAUUAGACGACAAGAUAAAGCAAUGGAUAGACGACGCCAAAAAAGAAUACAAAACAUGGUGUGGCUCCCUAAGUAUUGAUUACAUUUUGUAUGAAGGUCUGAACAAAGGAGAUUGUAAGAAAUAUAAAGUCAGCCCCGAUUGUAUUAUGCAACUUGGAUUUCAGGCAGCUCAUCACUUACUAAAGGGCUCUUUUGUUGGUACAUACGAAUCUUGCAGUACCUCGGCAUUCAAACAUGGCAGAACAGAAACGAUGCGGCCCUGUACAGAAAAGACUAAGGCAUUCUGUGAAACACUGCACGCAAACAAGUCGUCAGUGGAAGACCUACGUGGCUUACUGCAAGAAUGUUCUUCGGUUCAUACCGAGUUGGUAAAACAAGCGGCUAUGGGCCAAGGGUUUGACCGUCACAUGUUCGCUUUAAUGAAAAUUGCAGAAGAAAACAACUUGCCAAGACCUGAGAUAUUUGACUCUUACGAGUACAAGUACUUGAAUAAAUCUAUUCUCAGUACAAGUACGUUAUCGUCACCUAGUGUGUUAGCAGGUGGUUUUGGACCUGUUGCAAAGGAAGGUUUUGGCAUUGGGUAUUCAGCUUUCCCUGAUAAACUGGGCGCGGCUGUAACAAGUUACAAAUCACACAACGAUAGCACCCAAUUUAUCGAAGCAUUGCACAAGUCUUUUAUAGACAUCACUAAAGUAUUAUCUGGAUAA